UGCCCCUUCUUUCCUUUGGCCCUUUUACCUUAUAUUCUCUUGUCUAAAAAUAUCCCUGUGCCCUUCUUCUUAAUUCUUGUUGCUGCUGCAGAAUAUUACUAGUAAUAAUUCUGAUUUUUGCAGCUAAUUAAUUUAAUGGAAAUUAUGCCAGAAAAUUCCACUUGUUUGGAGCUCACCAUAUCUAUUCCUGGUUCUUCUUCUUCAUCAUCUUUUCCUUCUUCUGGUGAAGGGGGUGGUGGUUAUAAUAUGAUGAGGGAGCUGGAUAUAAAUCAAGUGCCAUCAGGUGGAAAUAUGAAUGAAGAAGAAAGCAUGGAAGAAGAAGAAGAAGAAGAAGAAGAGAGCUCUAAUAAUAAUAUUAAUGGAGUACUUUGUGGCCCUCCAAGAAAAAAACUCCGUUUAACAAAACAACAAUCUUUCCUUCUUGAAGAAAGCUUCAGACAAAAUCACACUUUGAACCCUAAACAAAAGGAAGCUUUAGCCACGCAAUUAAAGCUUAAGCCAAGGCAAGUGGAGGUUUGGUUUCAAAACCGUAGAGCAAGGAGCAAAUUGAAGCAAACGGAGAUGGAAUGUGAGUACUUAAAGAGAUGGUUUGGUUCAUUGACCGAACAAAACCGAAGACUUAAAAGAGAAGUGGAAGAACUUCGAGCCAUGAAAGUAGGCCCACCAACGGUGUUAUCACCACACAGCUGCCAGCCGAUGUCGGCGUCCACCCUUACCAUGUGCCCUCAUUGUGAACGCGUCACGAAGACCACGGUCAAAGACGAAUCCAGAAUUUAAAAUCAGUAGGUUCGAAGUGGAUACAAUUUAACAUGUAAUAUAUAUGGUUUCUUUUUUGUUCUUCAUAUGUUUAUAUGGUUCGAGUAAACAACAAUAGUUCAGUGGUUUCAAUUGAACUCAACUUCUUUCAUCA